GCAGGCUUCCUGUUCCUGACGCCGGCUUUGCUCUGCUCCUCCCCUGCUUUGUCUUCUUCCUCCGAGCUCUCCUCUCCUCUCCUCUCCUCUAACCCCCUUGUCCUUCUCCGUCCUUGGUCCAUUGUCCAAUAUAUGUCCGAACUUGCUCGUUCUCUCUCUCCUUUGUCUCUCUCUCUCUCUCUCUCUCUCUCUCUCUCUCUCUACUCUCUUUCUUUACCCAAUAGUUCAAUCCCAUGUAGCUCUCCUUGAACUCUGAUACCCAAGAACCAGUAGAGAGAGAAAGAGACAGACACAGAGAGAGAGAGAGAGAGGUAGGGGGAGAGUGGUUACCAUUUACAGCUCCAAAGGGGGGAGAGGCGUUACCAUUGUCGCCAUUCUUCAUCACAUUACAGUUUCUUCCUUUCACUGCGCUCUGUUUGGUUCGUUUGUUCGCCGGAGCUGAGCUUCCGGUACUGUUUAGAUCUCGCCGGAGCAUUCCCUCACUGCAGCUUUGUCCGUACGACCAUGGCGGCUAUCCUUUUGUUCUGGGUUUCUCUCAUUUUUGCUUUAUUGGGACCUGUGUUCUCGGUCUGCGGAGACGCAAUGUUGCUCCUCAGCUUCAAGAGCGCCGCCGCCCCCGGCCUCUCGCGCCGCCUCUCGAGCUGGAAUGCCUCCGUGAGCCACUGCACUUGGUACGGCGUCACCUGCGAUGGGUCUUCCGACAGGGUGGUGGCUCUGAACCUCAAAGGGAGUUCUUGCUCAGCUGAAUCCGAUGGCGGACUCUCCGGAACCCUACCGGCGUCUGUUGGGGACCUGAGCGAGCUCCAAGCUCUGUCUCUCCCCUGCAACUUCUUCACCGGCGAGAUCCCAGGGAGCAUCGAGAGGCUUCAGUCCCUUCAGGUGUUGGAGCUCCAAGGGAACAAUUUCUCCGGGGAGAUCCCCAACCAGAUAAGCCAUAUCCACACUCUUCGACUGCUUAACCUGUCCGGUAACCUGUUUUCCGGUUCGAUUCCCAAUGAGUUGAUUGGCCAUGGAAGAUUGAGCUCUGUCGAUUUGUCAAACAAUCAGCUUUCUGGUGGGAUAACCAUUCAUAGGACUAGUAGUUGUAGGUUCUUGAGGCAUUUGAAGCUCUCCAAUAACUUCCUGAUCGGCAAUAUACCGCCGGAGAUCGGGAAAUGCAUAAACUUGAGGACCCUCUUGCUCGAUGGCAACAUUCUAGAGGGUAAGAUUCCUCCACAGAUUGGGCAGAUUGUUGAGCUCCGAGUCCUCGAUGUUUCUCGAAACAGCUUCACCGAUAGGAUCCCAAAAGAGUUAUCUUAUUGCAGGAAAUUGUCAGUUCUUAUACUGACUAAUCUGAUGGACUAUUCUUCUAGUUCGAGUGGUGAUAGUUCAAUGGAGAGCCUUCGAGGUGAGUUCAAUGCCUUUGUUGGGGGUAUCCCUUAUGAAGUGUUUCAGCUUCCGAGCCUGCAGAUGUUAUGGGCCCCAAGGGCAAAUCUUGAGGGGAGGUUGCCGACUUAUUGGACUGAUUCUUGCCCGCUUAGAGCACUCAACAUGGGUCAGAAUUACAUCACCGGUGUGGUGCCUCAGAGCUUAGGGAUGUGUAGAAAUCUCACUUUCUUGGACCUAAGUUCGAAUAAUUUGGUGGGUUAUCUCCCCUCACAGCUUCCAGUCCCUUGUAUGGUGUACUUCAAUGUGAGCCGGAAUAAUAUAACCGGUGGACUUUCGAGAUUCCGGGAAUGCAUUUGUGUUAGCCGUAUUAUCUCUUAUGGAAAAUAUGCCAAUAUAUUAACUGUGGAAGAUGUUGAGAGAAGCUACUCUAACAUUCCUUUUAGCAGUGAUAAAUUUGCAAUUGCUCAUGACUUGAGCUGGAACAGCUUCAUAGGCCCAUUGCCAUUGUUUGUCAUCGGGGACAGGUAUGUGGCAACAAAAGAUAGAUUUUCCUACAGGUUGUUGCUGAACAAUAACAGGUUCGGUGGGCCCUUUCCGGUUAGCCUUGUAUCCAAUUGUAGUAGCUUGCGAAGUUUGUCGGUGAACUUGAGUGCAAACGAGAUAUUGAUGGCAAAUGAUUCAGUACUUCUUCUUGAUUGCAUGAAGGUAACGGAAUUUGAAGCAGCACAGAAUCAGAUUGGUGGGUCGAUUUCUCCUGCAAUCGGUGACUUGACGAUGUUGCAACUUCUUGACUUGCGUGGUAAUAGAUUGUCGGGAGUUUUACCCGAUGAGUUGGGGAAAUUGAAGGACCUGAAGUGGCUUCUUCUUGGAGGAAACAAUUUUACCGGAGAAAUUCCAUCUGAACUCGGUCAGCUGAAUUCUAUUGUGUGCCUUGAUCUCUCUCAAAAUGCUCUGAUGGGAGCAAUACCUGCAAGUUUAACAAACGCCUCAAGUCUUGAAACUCUGUUUCUCGAUCACAACUGGCUUUCGGGUGAAAUUCCUCCGUCUUUCUCAGUGCUUCCAAAUCUCACCAAGCUUGAUCUUUCCUUCAACAACCUGUCGGGCCAUAUUCCUCGCCUCCAACACGAAAAUGAUUGCGAAGCUUUCAAGGGAAACCUUUAUCUGCAUUCAUGCCCGGACUUAUCUGCCCCACCUGGUGGUCUCCCAGUCCCUCUUGAAGUCCACAGAAUGCAUGGUUGGAAACGACCAAGGCCUCUCAUCAUUGCACUUGUAACCUCUGCAUGCGUUAUACUUCUCACUUUCCUAGUCAUCGUCCUCGUUCUUGUCAUAGCAAAGAGAAAGUUCCGUCAAGGAACGAGCUUGCGAAAGAGGGUGAUUAUAACCUUUCCCAAUGCCCCACCUGAGCUGAACUACGAAAGUGUUGUUGGAGCUACAGAUAAUUUCAGCAUUAGGAACCUAAUAGGAACAGGAGGCUUCGGGUCAACCUACAAGGCAGAACUCCUCCCAGGCUUCCUAGUGGCUGUGAAGAGGCUCUCGGUGGGCCGUUUUCAAGGAAUUCAGCAAUUCGAUGCGGAGAUAAGGACAUUGGGAAGAAUUCGACACAAGAACCUCGUGACCCUUCUCGGGUAUUUUAUGGGUGAGACAGAGAUGUUCCUAGUCUAUAAUUACCUUUCGGGUGGGAACCUCGAGACCUUCAUACAUGAGAGGUCAGGCAAGAACUUAGAGUGGCUGGUGAUCCACAAGAUAGCCCUUGAUGUGGCUCAGGCUCUUGCCUACCUUCACUAUUCUUGCAGCCCUCGCAUUGUUCAUCGGGAUAUUAAGCCAAGCAACAUCUUGCUCGAUAAGGAACUGCAUGCCUACUUAUCGGACUUUGGACUCGCGAGGCUAUUGGAAGUUUCUGAGACCCACGCAACUACUGAUGUGUUAGGAACCUUCGGAUAUGUCGCCCCCGAGUAUGCAACCACUUGUAGGGUUUCUGACAAGGCAGAUGUCUACAGCUUUGGGGUCGUGCUAUUAGAACUCAUGUCAGGGAAGAAAUCAAUUGACCCCUCAUUCUCAGACUACAGAAACGGGUUCAAUAUCGUUGGAUGGGCCAAGCUCCUCCUAAGGGAAGGACGCGCCCAGGAAUUCUUCUCUCUGGAGCUGUGGGAAGGUGGGCCGAGUGGGAACCUACUGGGGUUGCUUAGGCUAGCUUCGUACUGCACCUCAGAGUUGCUCUCCAUUCGGCCUUCAAUGAAGCAGGUCGUCGAGAAGUUGAAGCAGUUGGGAUCAUAACCAGCAGUGCGCCGAUGGCUCGUGUGUCGGUGUUCAGAACAUGUCUGAAUCAAAAGUCACCAUUGCUGCACCGGAAGCUUUGCUGAGAGUUGCACGAGAGUCCAACCCGAGGAAUCGUUUGGCAUGAUCUUCUAGUGGAACCCAAACUUCCAUGUAAGUUCGGGCCAUCAUGAUGUAGAACAGACCAUCUUCCAAGGGAGCAGCGAAACGCUUUCAGAUCAAUCUCGUGGAGGUGUCUUAAGUCCCAACAUAUUCCCCAAGAAGUAUGAGCAGGUAUAAAUCUGAGAGGGGACCGCUAAAAUGCAUUCGAGUAACUCCGCGCAGGUCUUGCUUCCUUACAGUGCUGUUUUUCUGUGCUCUGGCAACUGCUGGAAGGAAGUUCUGAUGGAUUCGGAAGUUCUGCAAGGUAAAAUUCUGCCAAACCCGGAAAUCUCAUGCUUAGGGGAUCAAAUUGUACAUCAGCAAGUAGAGUACUAAAGGGUUAAUCCCUACAUGUACAUGUGACAGAACUGAUUUGUAUCAGCAAAUUGGAUAUCGAUGAAUUUUUCCUUAAAUCCUGUUAUAAAGUUCGGAUAAGUUAUUGUUCUGUGUUC